CAGAGUUGCGGCUCUUCUUAUCACUUCCUGUUUUAAUAGAAGCUGAGUCAAAGUAGUGGGAGACGGAGGCUGCGGAGCCCGGACACAGAGCGCUUUGUGCUGCCUGAUGCGCCGUGACAUUGCCGGCUGAUGGGCAGAGCUGUCUGGUCUGUCAUAGGGGAUGGCGAACAGCUAGACCCCCACCGAUCUAUAGAUGCAGCCUGGAGACGUGUGUGGCAGAUGGAAUGCAGGAGACCGGCUCCAUUAUAGUCUAUGAUCCCCAUGUCCGGCAAUUAGGGGAGAUGUAUUGCACCUGAAUGAACCUCUUUAUAGCGCUGGAUAACACUGAAGAACUGGACUAGCAUGUUUCUAGUAGUCAAACCCCAUCAUUCUAUUUGAGAUUUAACCCUUACUUUUGAAGGUUUGACUGUCAUCCCCUCUGCCUUUAUGCAUUACCAGUCUGAGUUUUAUGAACUUGUUCGAUCUUCUUUGAUUGAUUGUAUGAUUGAAUUCACACUAGUGUGCUACAUACCAUCUACUUAAAAUGUCUAACCAUCACAAGCAGUCAUCUGAGACCCUACUCCAUGGAGAAUUUGGAGUCUAUCCAUCCAAAGGUAUUCGCUAUGCACUUAGUCUGACACCUACAGGCCUUCACAUCCAGAGACUGGUCCCUAAACCUGAGGAUGACGAGCGUACGGUGCUGCCCAUUCUUGACAUGGUUGGAUGUCACACCAUGCGUAGUCGUGGCUCCAGUGAUGCUUUUGCCUAUUUUUUAAUCUAUUCCUAUCCACUGAAGAAAAAGAAAGUUGCAAUGGGUUCAACACGUACGCGCCAAAGGUUGGUCCGCACAUUUAGAGUGGACGAGUCUUCAGAUUAUCAGCAGAACCAAGUCAUUGCUGAAAAAUGGGCAACGGCAAUAAAGUGUCUUAUUCACGGAGUGCAGAUCUCAAGUGACACAGAGAUUAGUCCAACUCUUCAGCCCAAAUCCCGGCGUUUAAUGCUUUUACUGAAUCCAUGUGGUGGACGAGGCAAUGCCUUGCAACAGUGUCACACUCAUAUAUUGCCGAUUAUUACGGAAGCAGACAUCAGCUAUAACCUUAUACAAACAGAAAGACAGAAUCAUGCCCGAGAGCUGGUGCAGAGUAUUAAUCUAGAAGAAUGGGAUGGCAUUGUCGUCAUCUCUGGAGAUGGACUUCUCUUUGAGGUUGUUAAUGGUUUAAUGGAAAGACCCGAUUGGGAGGAUGCAAUAAAGAUGCCUAUCGGAAUUCUCCCCUGCGGAUCAGGAAAUGCCUUGGCGGGAGCAAUCAACUAUAAUGCAGGGUUUGACCAGGCUAUGGGAACAGAGUUGCUGCUUAAUUGUAUCUUGCUGCUGUGCCGUGGUACUGUAAUGCCUAUGGACCUUGUGUCUGUUACGACCUGCUCAGGAGCUCGCUUUUUCUCAUUUUUGAGUGUUGCCUGGGGCUUUAUUUCUGAUGUGGACAUAGAAAGUGAAAAGUAUAGACACAUGGGAUCGGCCCGUUUCACUGUAGGUACCAUGGUUAGGGUGGCCUCACUUCGCACUUACAGAGGCCGUCUCUCUUAUCUCCCAGUAUUGGAUGCCCACCGUCCCAUAUGCAGAAGUAUCACCUUAUCUCCUAAUGGGAACCUUUCUCCACUGAAGAGGUCUCAGCUGCACAGAACCAUCUCAGACAUAGGUCUCUGUGAGGAGCGCAAUGUUAUGUAUAAACGAAGCUCUGCUACAUUUGACACGGGUGAGCUGCCAAGCUUUGAGACCUCACCUUCUCCAGGUUCGCCAACUGCAAUGCACACUUCCAGAUUUACAUUUGAGCCUGUUUCUGACAACCAAAUGCAGCCAGAUCUUUUAUUGCCAAAUGGUAGAGAGUCCCCUAAACAUAACCAUGUGAAUGGACCAGAUGACGAUCUCUUGCCACCCUUAAAUCAACCUGUACCCAUGUCCUGGGUCACUAUAGAAGAGGAUUUUGUUCUGGUAUUGGGCAUAUAUCAGACUCACCUUGGGGCUGACUUGUUUACGGCACCAUUUUCUGCCUUUGACGAUGGUUUAAUACACUUAUUUUUUGUUAAAGCGGGAAUCUCUCGGACGGCCCUUGUACGGCUAUUUUUGGCUAUGGAAAAGGGAACACACAUCGGGAUUGAGUGUCCAUACUUUGUACAUGUCCCCGUUCGAGCAUUUCGUCUAGAGCCACUCACACAAAAGGGGAUUCUGACUGUGGAUGGCGAGCGGGUAGAAUAUGGCCCAAUUCAGGCACAAAUACACCGUGGACUUACAAAUGUGAUUACUGGAUCUACAAGUUCAACCUGACAGACUUUGUAUGACUGCUAUCUAAGGUUUUGACUACUUUCCACAUGGUUUUGUGCAAUGCAGUUUCCUCCAGCUUUGCUUCUUAUUGAUUUUCAAAUACAAAUGCGAGUACAGGGCUAGAACUUAGCGUCUUUUUCUUAGUGGCAUGUGCCUACGUCAAUUCCUGGUGCUAGUCACCAGCAGGAGCAUGUCUUCAAGUAUGUUUCUUAAGUGUCUAUUUUCUAUUGUAAAUCUGCUAGAAAAACCCUUCAGGCAAGCUAUAUUUUUAAACUGCACUUACCUAGAUCUGCUUGCUGGAAGAAUCAUUCCAUUUGUAAUUUUCCAUUUUUAUAUGAGCUUCCUAAGCAUUGAUGGAAUGUUCAGCUCAUGCAUGGUCUAAAUGAGUCUACUUUGGCCUAAUGACAGGAAAGAAGAGUGUGUCCAUUAUGGAAGUGAUUUAUGGUUCUAGGUCUUUGAUUUGCUUUUCUGAGCCUUUUAAAAUGUAUUUAAUAGCAAUAGUGUUUAGUUUGGACUGAGGUGGUUAGGAUGUUUGAUAACAAUAAGGGCUUGCACGCCUAGAUCGCCCUAACCACCAGUCACACUCAUCACCUCCUAAAUGAAUGUGAUCAUCAGCAAUAACCUGCAAGUGAAGCACAGAACUGCAAACUAUUGUAUUUAAAAUUUCUAGGCAAUGAGAGAAAACCAACACUAAACGUACAUGAGUAUGCAAUCUCUAUUCUGGAAACCUUUUAUCUUGACUCUUCUAACAAGAUGAGGAAACUUUUUGCUGCUAUAUUGCUUCAAUGUCAUACCUACUGACAUGAUCAUUGAUUUCCAUUAAAAAAAUAUAUAUUUUUAGACUAAAUGCUUAAGUUUAAUGUGAUCUCCAGCCCAGUUUCUGCUGAGAUUUUCCCCACAUUAGGGGGUUGCAGGCCACUGCAACCGCUACUGAAUGCUGAGGAUUUAACUUUUAAGGAUAAUUUUCUUUUAAGGAGAUUACAGUAAGCUUUGGUUAAGGAUCCAAACCUGUAUUGAGACUGCUCUCUUGCCUCUAUGUAGGCUUUUUUUCCUGGCCUUAAUAUCUUUUAUGCCUUAGUCAAUAGUAGCCAUGAGCCUUGUAUUGUAUUCUAUUUAAAAUAAAAAGUAGGAAAGCUGUUGUUCCUAUUAGGAUAUGUUCACACAUACGCAGAUUUGAUGCACAGGAUUUUCUGCUGAAGAUUUCAAUGUAAACUAAAUGACUGAGCACAGCUUCUAAUCUACAGUUACAAAUCCUGUGCAUCAAUAUGUGUGAACCUACCCUUAGAGGAUCUGUGUCAGUCCACUAAAAGUUUUUUUUUAAUCACUUUGUGGCCUUGAGCACCUGAUUUCAACAGGGUUUUUACUUUCUUGUUACAUUUCACGGUUACAAAUAUAUAGGGGGUUUACUAUUUUGUUGUCUAUGUAUACUUUUAAAGGAGUACUCUAGUGCAGAGUAUUCCUGCCCGGGCUGCAAAAUAAAUGAAAAUGAACCAUCAUUCACCUCCCUUGGUUCCCAUGGAGCGCCACUAC